GUAGCACCUUGCUCCUCGCAUCCUCUGCGUGAUUGGAUGAGGAGAGUGUGCAUCUUCUUCAUUCUUUAGGUUUCUGAGCAGCUACUCAUGUCUUCGCUGCCUCCUGCUGCCCCAGCAUGGCGCAACUUUUCCUUCUUCGAUGCUGCACCUGUCAAGGACGCGCACGACCUGAACGCGUCGCCAGAAGUCUUCAAGAACACUCCUGAAAUAUCCUCUGUCAUCUCUUCCAGCACCAGCGUACUCGUUGCCGACAUCUACGGCACCGUGCACAUCCUCAGUCGCGAAUUCGAGACGCAGCGCGCAUGGAUUGCAUAUGAUGGUGGGAGGGUCACGCAUAUGGCUGAGCGGAAUGGGGUGCUGGUGACGGUCGGAGAAGACGGGUCCUCACGCGCACCUAUGCUCAAGAUCUGGGACCUGGAAAAGAAAACAGUAGCACCACCGCUCAUCCGCUCGACGAAAAUCCAGCUGAACAAACCUCAUCCGGUUUGUACCAUUGCGCUGUCGACCACCCUGUCCCAUCUCGCAAUUGGAUUCGCCGACGGAACAGUGUAUCUCUACCGCCACCUCGAUCAGUCUGUCAGCAAUAAUACUGCUAUCCCCAAACCGCGUACCGUACACGAAUCACCGGGUGAACCUAUCACCGGAUUGGGGUCUCGAGCUCAAAGACACUGGAAUGGCAAGGCUACCGUCGUUGACGAUGUGGGAUGUGGUUUGGGCUGUGCUGCCAUGGACUGGAGGGGACAUGAGUGGUUGUAG